AUACAAAUCCUGCACAUGCACAACGCAUAAUAACUAUGUCUUCAAUUCCGUUUUGUGAACCUUGCCAAAGAGAAAACAAUACAGCAGAGGCAGUUAGCUGGUGUUGUGACUGUGUUGAAUCAUUAUGUCAGAAUUGUAAUAAUGCGCAUCGAAUCAAUAAAAUUACUCUUGCACAUACACUAAAGAAAAUAGAAGAUAUGCCGCCAGAGAUAUCCCCAAGUUUAACAUCUCAAAAGUAUUGUCCUUUGCAUUCGGAUCUAAUUUUAGAUCUGUACUGUGCAUAUCAUAAUGCACUGUGUUGCCGAUCAUGCAUGACGGAAAAACAUAGAGGGUGCGAUAGGAUGCAGUCAAUAGAUACUGUCGCAAAGGGAAUCAAACAAUCGCCUUUGUUACAGACCGUGACGAAAGAUAUGGAUGAAGAUAUUCAAUUAUUAAACAAAUUAGCACAGAACCGAACCGAAAAUUUAAAAAGACUAGAUAAGCAAAAGGACGAAAUAACGAAAUCUAUUGCUGAAAUUAAACAAAACAUUAUUGAUCGUCUUGAAGCAUUAGAGCAUGCAUUGCUAUCAGAACUGUCAUCUGUGCAUCUUUUGAAAUCAUCAAACAUUGAAAAGCAGGAGGAUAAGGUUUCGGGGUUAAUCGAAAAGGUAAACGAGCAUAAAAAGGAGCUAGAUUUUGUAAAAGAAUUUGGCUCAAAUAGCCAAGUUUUUAUUACACUUCAUAAUUUGAAAACGUCCACCACUGAAGAAAGAAAACAAAUCAAAGUACUAAUACAUUCUUUAAAAGAUAUAAAUAUUGUAUAUAUCCAUCCAAAAAAUCAGGAAUCUUAUUUGACAACUUUAGGAAUAUUGACAACAAAGCUUGAUCCUUGUAGUCAACUUUCAAGUGAUCAAAAGACCAAAAAAGAUAAUUAUACACUUCCAAUGAUAAACAGUCGCCCGACAACACAGAUCAACAAAAGACCCGAAAUACGCUCUCCCUCAAAGACCGAAGCAGAAACAGGCCCACUUUCAGGAAGGUUCUCGAAAGCAUCAAAUAUAUCGACGAAAACCAGAUAUUCAAAAUCAUCUGUAGAUGGAUGUAAAUCAUCAUAAAUAUUUUAUAUUAUGUAAAUAAACUGCAUGAGAUUUACUAGAAAGUAUAUAUUUUAUAUGUGAAUUCUUGUACAACAUAAACAUUUGAAAUACCUAGUACAUUGUAGUACAUAAAGUUUUGUUUAUACAUAAAAGCAUAUGUAACGUU